UCUGUCCCGCGUCGGUUCUGUCUUGGUCGUUUGCUCAGCGAGUCAACUCGAAGGCAGCAGCGGCAGCGGCAGCCAUGAACACGCAACAGAUGGAGCAGAUGGGCCAGUUCAAGAUCACCAUGUGGGAGGAGGAGAACUUCCAGGGAAAACGCUGCGAGUUCCUGCUCGAGUGCCAGAACAUCAUGGAGAGAGGCUUCAACAAGAUCCGCUCUAUCAAGGUCGAGAACGGACCCUGGGUGGGUUACGAGUACCCCGAGUUCCAGGGCCAGCAGUUUAUCCUGGAGAAGGGGGACUACCCUCGCUACGAGGCCUGGAGCGGCAACAGCAGCUACAGAACCGAGCACAUUCUUUCCUUCAGACCCAUCAAGUGUGCCAACCACAGUGACAGCAAGGUGACUCUGUACGAGAGCGAGGACUUCCAGGGCCGUAAGUUCGAGGUGUGCGACGACUACCCGUCUCUCCAGGCCAUGGGCUGGUUGACCAAGGAGGUGCCCUCUAUCAAAGUGAAUUCCGGAGCCUGGGUGGCGUACCAGUUCCCCGGUUACCGAGGCUACCAGUACAUCCUGGAGCGGGACAGACACCAAGGUGAAUACAGAAACUACAACGAGUUCAGCACCCAGGCUCACACCAACCAGGUGCAGUCUAUCCGGAGGAUCCAGCACUAGGCUUGACCCAGCCUCGAAAAAACUGACUACUUUCGUCAUCUCCGACCUGGACUGACCCCUGUCACGGAACUGUAGACGGACUCAGUCUUUCUAUCUCACUGUAGCUCUACACGUACGGAUAUCUGAGCGCUUACUCCUUUUACCGUGCUCAAGCAUGUUUAUGGAAACAGGAAAUAAAGGCUUUUCUUCAAAAUUAGGGUGGUCUAAAAUGAUCUUUUGACAUUAAAAUUGAUCACAUACACGGUAAAUACAGUAUAUAAAAUUUAUGGUACCUAUCUGUGUUAACAUUUUGUAUUUUACAUCCGAGUACACGCAGUUAAACUUGAACCCUGCACUCAAAUCAGGACUUUUUUGUAACUUAAUGAUUUUAUUAAAAAUCUAUUGCAUAUAAAUUCUACAUAGAAAUA